GCAGGGCCCUAUGAAUAUCGCGAGCUCCUGUUCGUAAGCACAAUCCAAAAACAUUCAUUCAAUUUCUUUGCGAAUUUUAUUGCAAUUUCUGUUUCUUUUUCCUCCUUCAACGAACGAUGGGCACGUUCUCUUCUUUCUUCGAUUCUCAAUCGAGAAGCCAGUGGAAUUACAACACUCUCAAGAAUUUCCGUCAGAUCUCUCCGAUUGUUCAAACGCAUCUCAAAAAGGUUUAUAUGACCCUAUGUUGUAUGCUUGUUGCCUCUGCGUUUGGGGCUUAUCUUCAUAUAAUUUGGAACAUUGGGGGUUACCUCACGACAUUUGCAUGCUUUGGAGCCAUAAUUUGGCUCCAUUCUACUCCUCCUUGUCAAGAGCAAAAGAGGGUUUCUCUUCUAAUGGCAUCAGCAGUUUUUGAAGGAGCUUCAAUUGGUCCUCUAAUUGACUUGGCCAUCCAAAUUGACCCAAGUGUUCUGGUAGCUGCAUUCGUGGGAACAGCAUUGGCCUUUGCAUGCUUUUCAGGAGCUGCCAUGUUAGCAAGGCGCAGAGAGUACCUCUACCUUGGUGGCUUGCUUUCAUCUGGUGUGUCCAUGCUUCUCUGGUUGCAUUUUGCUUCUUCUAUCUUUGGUGGUUCUACAGCCCUCUUUAAGAUGGAGAUCUACUUAGGGCUCUUGGUGUUUGUUGGCUACAUGGUAGUGGACACACAAGACAUAAUUGAGAAGGCACACUUGGGUGACCUGGAUUAUGUAAAGCAUGCUUUAACACUUUUUACUGAUUUCGUUGCCGUAUUUGUUCGCAUUCUGAUAAUCAUGUUGAAAAAUUCAGCUGAGAAGGGUGAGAGAAAGAAGAAGAAGAGGAGUGACUAAAUCAUAAAGCACCCUAUGGAAUAGGCUUCUCAUCUAAUCCUCCGUGUUGAACUCUAUUUUUAAUACAAGUUUUAUUUCUUGAUUCCAUUGUUAAUACAUGUGUUGAUAUACGGGAAGGUUAGGUCUUUACUGUUUCUGUUUCUUCGGUGGUUUUUCUGAUAUGGAACCUUUAAACUAAUGACAUGUUAAUAUUUGCCUUUCUCAAAGGUUGCAAUUUAUUAA